AGAGCGACGGAAGUUCAGCGGUCGGUGAAGCCAGACUCAUCCAAUAAAUAGAAGCUCUAGGAAGAGGAGGGCGGUGCUGCGAGAGAAAGUUGCCCAAUGAGAGGCCGCGGCGGUGCCAGACUCCGAGUGGGCGGAGGCGGCAGCAGCAGCGGUGGCGGUGGCGGUAGCAGCGGCGGUGGCGGUGGCGGCAGAGGCAGAGCGGUCAGUGCGAUGGAGAACUUCACAGCACUUUUCGGUGCCCAGACAGAGCCGCCGCCGCCGCCACCAGCCACGCUGGGCUUUGGGCCGGGGAAGCCGCCCCCUCCGCCUCCUCCUCCUCCCGGAGGGGGCCCCGGAACGGUCCCUCCGCCCGCUGCGGCCCCAGCUCCUCCUGGCGCUGACAAGGCCGCAGCUGGGUGCGGUCCCUUCUACCUGAUGCGGGAGCUCCCAGGCAGCACCGAGCUGACGGGGAGCACCAAUCUCAUCACGCACUACAACCUGGAGCAUGCCUACAAUAAGUUCUGUGGGAAGAAGGUGAAGGAGAAGCUGAGCAAUUUCUUGCCUGACCUGCCCGGGAUGAUCGACCUGCCGGGCUCCCACGACAACAGCGGCCUCCGGUCCCUCAUCGAGAAACCGCCCAUCCUGGGAGGCUCUUUCAACCCCAUCACUGGCACCAUGCUGGCGGGCUUCCGUCUGCACGCGGGCCCGCUACCAGAACAGUGUCGGCUGAUGCACAUCCAGCCGCCCAAGAAGAAGAACAAGCAUAAGCACAAACAGAGCCGGACGCAGGACCCUGUUCCCCCAGAAACUCCAUCCGAUUCGGAUCACAAGAAAAAGAAAAAGAAAAAGGAAGAAGAUCCUGAGCGGAAAAGGAAGAAGAAAGAAAAGAAGAAGAAGAAGAACCGUCACAGUCCAGAGCACCCCAGUAUGGGCAGCUCCCAGGCCAGCAGCAGCAGUAGCCUCCGUUAACGAGAUCACUGGACGACAGGCCGGGGCGCUCUUUUCUCCUACACGCAACUUGCCGACCGAAGCAGCCUUGGAGGCUGGAGGACACAGAGCUCUGGGAGCAUCCCCCCCGUGAUGGGAAGGAUGCGGGCCAGGCCGGCUCUGGCUGGAGACGAAUGAGGCAGAUUCAUUAGGGGUGGGAAGGGCAGUGCCUGGGGAAGGCACGGCUCGGUUGGCUCUCCGGGGAGCCGCUCUUCCCUUCCCAAGGAGCCUUCUCUCCAUGUCUUUUUGUACAGUUUGUCUGCUUUUCGGAUUUGGAUUGGUUUAUUAGGGCUUGGUUUCUUUUUUUAAAAAUUCGUAUUGUACCAAA